UUAUGGAUGUACUCUAAGAUCAUGGCCGAGAAAGAUGAUAUUGUUUUGAGUUUUGGGGAUAGCUUAUUGCGAAAAUCCGACCUUGAUUUGUUAAUGGAACCUAACUGGAUAAACGAUAAGAUCAUUACCUUUUGCUUUGAAUACUAUGAAAAGGAACAGUUUAACCAUUCAGCAGACAGAAUAGCACUUAUCAGCCCAUCUAUAGCCCAGUUGAUGAGAUUUGCCACUGUUGAAGACCUGGCUGUGUUACUAGAGCCCUUACAUCUACCAUCAAAGCAAUAUGUGUUUGUUGCUAUUAAUGACAAUGCAGAUCCAUCUCAAGUUGGUGGAACACACUGGAGCCUAAUGGUGUAUGUAAAAAGCAAACAAGAAUUCCAACAUUUUGAUGCUCUAAAGGGAAGCAAUCAAGCCAUAGCUAGAAAAUUUGUAGAUAAAUUGCAGCCUUUUGUUCAAGCACCUCGAGGGAAAUUAAAGUUUAUUGAAAUGGAUUGCCCACAGCAGACUAACAGUUUUGAUUGUGGAAUGUACCUGAUAGCAAUGACUGAGCACCUCAUCAAAGAAUUCUGUGAGUGUUUUAGUGUCAGCCUAACAGAGGUCGUGAACCAGGACAGCAUCCAGCGCAAGAGGAAACAGGUUACAGACUUGAUCCAUGAGCUGGCAGCCACAGACAGCAUAGAGCACCACUUGUCAUGACAGUGACGCGGUGGAUGGACGUCAAACUUGACCAAUACUCGUUAUGAUGGAGAAUAAGCUCACAAUAAGAUGAGUUAUUUGUUUCAAAUCGCAUAACGGACUUGAAUUGCUGAUAACUGACGGUAUCAGUUAUAGAUAGGGGUAAAGAUUUUUUUUCUUUGCUUAAAAAAUACUUAUCUCCCUGAAUAUGAUUUUAGUUUAACUAAUUUUUAUUUUACAUUAUACCAGUUAUUGAUAGAAUACCUUUUCUGUUAUUAUUAUAAUUUUUGGUUUUUAUUUUUUAUCAUAUAUUAAUUUUAUAUAUUGUUUAAAAUAUAUCUAAUUAAUUGGGUUUGUAUUUUAAGUUUGAAUUUUUAAUUGACUUAAAUUUAGUUUUCGGUUUAAAAAGAAAUUAACAUGUGUUAAAUAGCUGUCUUGUAAGAAGUCAGCUUCUAUUUAAAGAGUGAUUGUAUUGCCAUCUUUAAAUUAGCUUUAGAGGUGCGUGUGUGUGUGGCAUCUAAUGUAGGAAUCUGGCAUGUAUUUAGAUCAGAGAGCUGCAUGUGUGCUUGAUCAAAUUUAACCUAGAGAGGUGUUUAUCAUUUAGCCUAGACUAAUGUGUGAUCAAGUAUUUGACAAUAUAAGAGAGAUUGCAAAGCUAACAUACCAUUAUCCAUUCAUUUGUUAAUUAAUUGAUUUCUUGCUAUCUUGGGCCACUGAUUUGGCUCAUUAAUUAGCUAUAGCUUGUUUUGAAUUAAAGUUAUGAGAUGGCUAGAUUUUACUGUUCUAUACAAUAGCUAUGUUGAUCCUGCCAUCUUUAGUAACAUAAGCCAAGUUAGAAGACAGUUUCAUCACACAACUGGAAAGUAAAUUCAUCUUUUUUUUCUUCUCCACAAUAAUCUCUAACCCAUUGAUUGCCUAAUUCAUUGGUUCUUGUAUUUCUGGGGUUCAAGCUGAGUUUUGUUCCACAUUAAAUUAAUCUCUAACCUGCUGAUUAUCUAAUGCACUGGUUCUAGAAGUUUUGUAUUUAUCUCUUAGUUGGGUUGAGAAGAGUUUUAUUUUAUUUAUCUCUUUGACAAAGACCUCUGGUCAGAGUGACACAUAUGUUAACAGAUUUGUUCAUUAUAAUCAGCCGCAGAAGAAAUUAGAUGUAACCAGGUAUCCGAUAUACAGCUACACCUAUAAGAGUUUCAGUUUAUCUUUUUUUUUUCAAGUAUUCCAUUUUUGUCUGACACAAGAUAUUUUUUGGAAAAUAACCCUGCUGAUAUUUUAUUGAUACCGAUAAGUAUUCUAUGGUCAUUGGAGUUUCUUGAGAAAAUGUAUGAUUUAAUUGAAUAUUACAAAAUCCUUCCCAUGACUUAAAAAUAGCUUGUUCUAAAGUAUCCAUCCAUUCACUGGUUGAGUGAAGAUAGAUAUUAAAAUCACACACUAAGGCUUUGUUUUCUUUCAAUUCAAUCCAAUAUAUUACUAAGUUGUUCUUGACAUAACAUGCACUUAAUCUUUAUGAACAUACCGAUUAACUUGUUAUAGUUUAGCUUAAUUAUGAUGUAUAGAAAGUUGUAUUUGCUAUAGUUUAGCUUGGU